GCUUGCACUUGCUGGGCUCCUCUCUCUCUCUCUCUCUCUCUCUCAAUUCUACUCCAUUUAUUGUUGUUUCCCUUCCCUCUCAGUACUCUCGCAAGCACAAAAAAACACAAACCAAAAAAAAACUAAUCCCUCCCUCGAUCGUCGUGCAUGCCUAAGUCUGUCUCUUGCUUGAUAUUCGUCUCUUUCCUCUUCCUCUUCCUCUAUAUUUGUGUCACCUUCUCUCCCUUACCACUACCAUCAAAGCAAAGAAACCCCUUCUUUGACUCUCUCUCUCGUAAAACCUAAAACACUUGCUAACUAAGUUGUGUUGUUUCCAAAGACAAAUAAAGAAAAGAGAAGCCCAAUAACCUCUCUGUCUAGUACUGUACUCUCACCGAUUACACCGCCAACAACAUGGAUUCUAUUUCUCAUCAGAACUGGCUAGGUUUCUCUCUUUCCAACCAUCAUCACAUGAAUAAUACCAUCAACAUCCCUACCUCUUCUGAUUCCUCUCACCUCUGUCUCUUCGAAGCCUUUAACACCACCACUACCUCAGCACAAGAAGUAAACGCAGUAGUAGCUGCUGGAAGAGCUACAGACAUCUCUUUAUUUACAGCUUCUGGACCAAAACUUGAGGACUUUCUUGGUGGUUGCACCUCUACAUCACCAUCACAAACACCACAACAGCAGCCACUGUGUGGUCAGUUCUCUACUGAGACACCCGUGACUACCACCGCUACUACUUUAUCUGACAGUACUAGUUCUGAGAUAUAUGACUCCGAGCUCAAAACUAUAGCUGCUAGCUUCCUUCGUGGUUUUGCCUCCACUGAUCAUCAAAAAAUCGAUAGUACCCAAAAACAUCAACAACAUCUUGUUCAGGCCGAACAUGCACCAAAGAAAACAGUUGAAACUUUUGGCCAACGUACUUCAAUCUAUCGAGGAGUCACCAGGCAUAGAUGGACUGGCAGAUAUGAAGCCCAUUUGUGGGAUAAUAGUUGCAGAAGGGAAGGGCAGAGUAGAAAAGGAAGACAAGUUUAUUUGGGUGGCUAUGACAAGGAGGAGAAAGCAGCCAGAGCUUAUGAUCUUGCAGCUCUCAAGUACUGGGGUCCGACCACCACAACAAACUUUCCGGUUUCUAACUAUGAGAAGGAAAUAGAAGGGAUGAAGCACAUGACAAGGCAAGAAUUUGUUGCGUCACUUCGAAGAAAAAGUAGUGGUUUCUCUAGAGGAGCAUCGAUUUACAGAGGAGUGACGAGGCACCAUCAACACGGUCGGUGGCAAGCAAGGAUCGGAAGAGUUGCUGGCAACAAAGAUCUCUAUCUUGGCACCUUUAGCACGCAGGAGGAAGCUGCCGAAGCUUAUGACAUUGCAGCGAUCAAAUUUAGAGGCCUAAAUGCUGUAACCAACUUUGACAUGAGUCGCUAUGACGUAAAAAACAUAGCUAAUAGCAAUCUUCCCAUUGGAGGAAUAUCCGGCAAGUCAAAAAAUUCCUCAGAAUCCGCUUCUGAUAGCAAAAGCAUUGAUGGAAGCCGAUCGGACGAUCGAGAUCUCUCCUCAGCAUCCUCGGUAACCUUUGCUUCUCAGCCUGCAACUUCUACUCUUAGCUUUGCCAUACCCAUCAAACAAGACCCGUCAGAUUAUUGGACCAAUAUCCUUGGAUACCAAAACACCACUACUAUGAACAAUGCCAAGAACAGUAGCAGCAGCAUUGUUGAUCCAAGCACUUUACUUCAAUCUUCCACAAGCGGUCCUGCUUUUCAAAGCCCAACAGUUUUCAAAAUGGACUUCAAUGCAAAUUCAUCUGUCAAUGAAAGCAACAACAGUGGGCUAUUAUUCAAUGGUGGUUAUACACAGCAGCAGAUAAGUGGUAUUGGUACAUCAUCACCAAGUUCAAAUAUCCCAUUUGCUACACCCAUCGCCUUCCAUAGUAAUGGUAAUAGUUACGAGGGCAACCCAAGUUAUAGUAGCUGGAUUGCUCAACCUUUGCAUUCUUUCCAAUCUGCGAAGCCCAAACUCUCAGUGUAUCAGACUCCCAUUUUUGGAAUUGAAUGAGCUCACAAAAGAAAUGCAAAGGGGAAAUGAGAAUCUGUGCAAGAAUGAAAGUGAAAGGCCAGGUAGCUACCUAGCUAGCUAGCUAGCUCGAUGUUGAUGCCAGCAUCCAAUGCAUUAUGCAUAGAUGGAUAACUUUUUUACUUUGAAUAGAUGAGUUGGGACUGACGAGCAUUUCCACGGUAGCUGACAUUAGUACUAACUGCAAGUUCUUUCUCAGUUUUCUGUUCUCUUUAUCUCCUUCGCUUUUGCUUUUUCACUGACAUGAAUUUACAUGGGUAUAAAAUGAAGGAGCAUGAAUAUCAUAUCCUUUUUGCUA